ACAAAAACAAUCUUUGAGCACCGAGCAAAAAUUCAAAGUUCUCCCCUUUUUCUUUCCAGAAACUUCGACGACAGGGUUUAACUGACAGGAGUUCGAAGAUGCAACAAACAACACCGAUGAUGCCCAUGAUGCCUACUUUCCCACAGGCCAAUAUCACAACCGAGCAGAUUCAAAAGUAUCUAGAUGAAAACAAGAAACUGAUUUUGGCCAUACUCGACAAUCAAAAGCUUGGAAAACUUGCUGAAUGUGCACAAUACCAGGCUCAGCUACAAAAGAAUUUGAUGUAUCUAGCUGCGAUAGCCGAUGCUCAGCCACAAUCAUCACCAACAAUGCCUCCCCAGAUGGCCCCACAUCCCGGGAUGCAAACAGGAGGAUUUUACAUGCAACAUCCUCAAUCAGCAGCAGCAGCCAUGGCUCAACAAGGUGGUCUGUUCUCUCCAAAGAUGCCUUUACAGUUUAAUAGUCCACAUCAGAUGCCACCAGAUCAGCAGCAGCAGCACCAACAGUUUUUGCAGCAACAGUACCAACAAGCAAUGCAAGCCCAGAUGGGUAUGCGACCUUCCGGGGUUAACAAUGGCGGGAUGAUGCACCAUUCGCAUGGAGAUUCGGGUGGUCAGAACAAACAAGAUGGAACAGACACUCAUGGAGCUGAUGGUGGUGGUGGGGAUGGUGAUUCAUCGUAUGAAAAGUAGAUAAAUCUUGGUUUUUGUUUUUGUCGGAAUUUCAACAACUUGGAUUUUGGGUUUUGUAGAAUAAUGAAUUUUAGCAAUUUCCCUAAAACAAAAAUUU